CAGGCGGGGUCCCUGGAAGCCUACAUCCUUGCCUCCAGAGAAGCAUAAAGCGGCAGCCUGUCCUGGUGAGGGAUAGUCACUCUCUCAACCUACAGACUGAGAGCCGGCUGCUGGACAGAACCUAGAACUGCUCUCUGAGAAAAUGACCAUAUUUGAAAAUGUCACCCGGGCCCUGGCCAGACAGCUAAACCCUAGAGGGGACCUGACACCCCUUGACAGCCUCAUAGACUUCAAGCGCUUCCAUCCCUUCUGCCUGGUGCUGAGGAAGAGAAAGAGCACUCUCUUCUGGGGUGCCCGAUAUGUCCGCACUGACUACACCCUCCUGGAUGUGCUUGAGCCUGGCAGCUCACCUUCAGAUCCAACAGACUCUGGGAACUUUAGCUUUAAGAAUAUGCUGGAUGCCCGAGUGGAGGGAGAAGUGGACAUGCCAAAGACAGUCAAGGUGACGGGGACUGCAGGGCUGUCCAGAAGCAGUACCCUGGAGGUCCAGACACUCAGUGUGGCUCCCAAGGCUCUGGAGACCUUGCACCAGGAGAGGAAGCUGUCAGCUGAGCACCCGUUCCUGAAGGAGAUGCGAAACCGAGGGGAGAACUUGUAUGUGGUGAUGGAGGUGGUGGAGACCGUGCAGGAGGUCACUCUGGAGAGAGCUGGCAAGGCGGAGGGUUGCUUCUCCCUCCCAUUCUUCGCCCCGUUGGGACUACAGGGAUCCAUAAACCACAAGGAGGCCGUAACCAUCCCCAAGGGCUGCAUCCUGGCCUUUCGAGUGAGACAGCUGAUGGUCAAAGGCAAAGAUGAGUGGGAUAUUCCACAUAUCUACAAUGAUAACAUGCAAACCUUCCCUCCUGGAGAAAAGCCAGAGGAGAAGCUCACCCUUAUCCUGGCAUCUGAUGCUGGUAAGGAAUUUUGGGAGGAACUUGAGGACUUCAAGACACUAAAAGAAGAAGUUCAAAGAGAGAUCCAAGAAGUGGAAAGGCUGAGCCAAGUAGGGCAAAGCUCCCUGCUCACCUCCCUCAGCAAACUUCUCGGGAAGAAAAAGGAGCUACAAGACCUGGAACUCACGCUUGAAGGGGCUCUAGACAAAGGACAUGAAGUGACCCUGGAGGCACUCCCAAAAGAUGUCUUGCUAUCAAAGGAGGCUAUGGGUGCCAUCCUCUAUUUCCUUGGAGCCCUAACAGAGCUAAGUGAAGCCCAACAGAAGCUGCUGGUAAAAUCGAUGGAGAAAAAGAUCCUACCCGUGCAGCUAAAGCUGGUGGAGAGCACAAUGGAACAGAAUUUCCUACAGGAUAAAGAGGGUGUUUUCCCCCUGCAGCCUGACCUGCUCUCCUCCCUUGGGGAGGAGGAACUGACCCUCACAGAGGCCCUAGUGGGGCUGAGUGGACUUGAAGUGCAGAGAUCGGGCCCCCAGUACAUGUGGGACCCAGACACCCUGCCCCGCCUCUGUGCCCUUUAUGCUGGCCUCUCCCUCCUGCAGCUCCUGACCAAGGCCUCCUAACUUGCCUCUUCGCUUGCUCCCUGCUUCCUGAAUGCCUCCCUACCUCAUUGUGCUGUGUCCUUAUCACCCAAGGGUAUUUCAGAGCCACCAGGCUGAAGAUGACAGAAAACCUAGCUGAUCACCUAAGAUAAGCAAUUUCCACUUGUCCAGCUCUAUCUCUCCCCUUCCCCCUGCAGUUCCGCAACCCAUCUGCUGGUGCUUAAAUCCUCUAAAAGUAGAAACUUUCAAACUUUUAAAACUAUGAACCAUGAACCAUUUCAGCAAAACCAAAACGAAUUCAUUUCUUAUCCCAAUCCCUCCUGCUUAUGCUUCCAAAACUCAAGUUUUACUGGCAUUAAUGGAAAAUAUUAUUUUACUUUGGGUGAAAUGUCUUCUGGUGUUUUUUUUAACUUCUGCCAAAGAAAAAAAGUAGACCUUAUCACACUACAUAUAGAUCAUAUAUACAUGAAUACUAUUAUACUGCCUGCAGUAUAAUUCUGGGAAAUGCCCAGAAAACAACUUAUGAGGGUAUAGAAUGUGGAAUCUAGCUUCUAAAGUGAGAAGAUCAUCAAAGCAGGUUGUCUUCAAAGAGGAGGCUUUAGGGUCCUCUGGACUCGGGUUGAGAGACUGGGACGGGCUUGUUCAUGAUACAAACCCAAAACAAGAGUAGGACAACUUUCAAGUGUACCAAAUAGAAAAUACAGAUGAGUCUU